AUCCCGGCGACUCGUCGCAAGAAGUGCUAUUUGCGAACAAGGGGAAGCCACUGGUUGAAAGUGACAGAUCUCAUUAUGGAGCUGUUGGGGAACCUUCUGAAAUGGUUUGGAGUCGAGACGAGUGGAUUCUCUGUGACCGUGUGCCUGUUUCUGCUGUUUCUCAGUCUUCUUUACUGGUACUCCAUCUAUCCGUAUUCUACCCUGGAACGCUGUGGCAUCAAACACCCAAAACCGUGGCCAUUCUUUGGGAAUCUCAUGCUGUUUCGAAAUGGUUUCUUCGGGACACAUACAGACCUUAUUAACAAGUAUGGACGAGUCUGCGGUUAUUAUUUAGGCCGUCGGCCUAUAGUGAUCGUGGCAGACCCGGAUAUGCUGAGACAGGUGAUGGUGAAGGAAUUCAAUAAGUUCCCCAACAGGAUGACAAUGAGGGGCGGGACUAAACCAAUGACUGAGAGUCUGAUCGCGCUGAAAGAUGACCGUUGGAAACGGGUUCGCAGCAUUCUGACCCCAUCCUUCAGCGCUGCCAAGAUGAAAGAGAUGGUUCCCCUCAUCAAGACAGCAACAGACACAUUAUUAAACAAUCUGAAAACCCAUGCUGAGUCUGGUGAAAGCUUUGACAUCCACAGGUGUUUCGGCUGUUUCACAAUGGAUGUAAUUGCCAGUGUGGCAUUUGGUACGCAGGUGGACUCUCAGAACAAUCCUGAUGAUCCUUUCGUGCACCAAGCCUCCAAAUUCUUCUCCUUCACCUUCUUCCGGCCCCUCGUGAUCUUUUUUAUCGCAUUUCCAUUUCUUCUUAAUCCUCUUGCCGGCCUCCUCCCCAACAAAUCGAGAGACAGCAUGAACGGUUUCUUUAUCAGCUGUAUCCAGAAGAUCAUUAAACAGAGAGAUGAUCUGCCAGCAGAACAGCGACGUAAGGAUUUCCUACAGCUGAUGCUGGAUGCCCGGAGCAGUAGCGAGUGUUUGUCGGUGGAGCAUUUCGAUGUGGUCAAUCAUGCUGAUGAACAGGCCUGCCCAGAGCAGGAGACGGCCAGCGGGCAGGAAAACAGUCAAAGCCCCAGCCACGAAUCCGCAAAGCGUGUCCAGCAGAAGAGAAUGAUGACAGAGGAUGAGAUUGUGGGGCAGGCAUUUAUCUUCCUGUUGGCCGGCUACGAGACGAGCAGCAACACGCUAGGAUUUGUGUGCUACCUGUUAGCGAUUCACGGAGACUGCCAGGACAGAGUCCAACAGGAGGUGGACGAAUUCUUCACUAGACACGAAACAGCUGACUACAGUAACAUUCAAGAGCUGAAGUAUGUAGACAUGGUCAUAUGUGAAGCUCUCAGACUCUACCCACCUGCGUUCAGGUACGCCCGUGAAAUCGAGCAAGACUGUGUGAUAAAUGGUCAGCUAUUACCUAAAGGAGGAUCCUUGGAAAUCCCUGCAGGUUUCCUUCACUAUGAUCCAGAGCAUUGGCCUGAACCAGAGAAAUUCAUACCGGAGAGAUUUACUCCCGAAGCCAAGGCCAGCCGGCACCCGUUUGUAUAUCUGCCAUUUGGAGCAGGGCCACGCAGCUGUGUGGGCAUGAGACUUGCCCAGCUUGAGAUUAAAAUGGCUCUGGUUCACAUAUUUAGGAGAUUCAACGUAGUCUCUUGUGAGGACACCAAGGUUCCUCUGGAGUUAAAGUCGACAACAACCCUGGGACCCAAGAAUGGGAUUUUUGUCAAAAUCACCAAAAGAGAGCAUUAUGAGGAUGUGUCAUAAUAGUUUCAAUUGCCAUACGUGACCCUGUCUGUAAAAAUCUAAGAUAAAGUCUCAUCUGAUUAGGAGCAUCAAAGUUUGAUUUCAAUCUAUGUCAUGACCUUACUCAGUCAAUAUGAAAGAUAUCAAGGUUAUAUUUUAUACUGUAGUAUAUCAUUAUUUUACAUAGAAGACAGUAAAUCACAAAAAAAUGACUUUAGCCGUUUUUCACAGGCUAAACAAAUUUCAGUUCUCUUCAAAGGUUUGGUUUAGAAAUUGAUUAAUGAACAAAUAUCUGAACUCAUAUUUUUGAAAGCAGCUAUGCUAGUUUCAGCUUAGCAUCACACUAAUUACAUGUUAAAUACUGUGAAUAUUUAUAUACAGUGAACAAUAUUUACAGUAAUAUUAUAGCCUCUCUUUAGUUUUGAUUCAUAUUUUCUCAGUAUCAAAGAAUCAUAGCCAUAGAGAAAUAACCAGACCUCUGUUUAGUCCAUAUGAUGCACAUACUUGUUACUGAAGAUAAUGAUCAUGUGCCUCAAUUAUGUAGUACGUUGUUACAAUAACACUGAUUUUUUAAGAGGGAACAAAAGGGUGAACAUAUAUAAAGAUUUAAAAUUGCAUUUAUUUAUACAUAGAAAUGUAAAGAAAUGGUUUAAUUUUGGAUAAUGCUGUUUGCUGCAAAAAAUGACUCUCUUAGUGUUUUUGUCUUGUUUUCAGUAAAAAAUCUACAAAUUCUUAAAUUAAGAUGUAUUUUCUUGAUGAGGAAAUGACCUAGGAAAAUAAGUCUAGUUUUUAUAGACAAAAAAUAUAAACUUUAAGUAAAUUAGUGCUUAAAACAAGCAAAAAAUCUGGCAAUGAAAUAAGAAAUAUUUUCUUAAAAUAAGUUUACUUUUUUCACAAACACUUAAUUCAAGAAAUGUUUUCUUAUUCCAUUGGCAGAUUUUUUUGCUUGUUUUAAGCAAAAAUUAGCUUAAAUUUUAUAUUUUUUGUCUAAAAACUAGACUUAUUUUCUUAUGUAUUUUCUAAAAUGAGCAAAUUUACCUCUUAAGAAUUUUUAGAUAUUUUUACUGAAAACAAGACAAAAAUACUAAGUAUGAAAGUCAUUUUUUGCAGUGCCACAUUGCAAAAAAUUAUUUUCAAGAAAAAAAAUUCUUAGUAAAAUUUUUUUAAGAAAAACAUGUUCAAUAAAAAUGUUACUCCAAUGGCAGAUUUUUUGCUUGUUUUAUGCACAAAAUCACUUAAAUUGUAUAUUUUUGGUCUAAAAACUAGACUUAUUUCUAGGGUCGUUUUGCUCAUCAAGAAAAAGCAUCUUAAUUUAAGAAUCUUUAGAUAUUUUUACUGAAAACAAGACAAAAAUACUAAGAAAAAUUUUUCUUGAAAAUUAUUUUUUGCAGUGUAUAUUAUGUACUUUAUUUAACUGCAUUGCAGUUGAUGGAUUUUGUGGUUUUUAAGGUUUUCAGAUAAACUGAAUGCUGCUCUGUUCUGCAUUAUUAAAUGUGAAUGUGAUUAUUAUCUCAAUAUAUGGGCAUUAUAAAGGGAAGAUACAUUUAAGACGACAUACUCAAAAACUGAAUACAAAUGACGAAAUAAACAAAUAGUUUAUUAGUG